AUGGCUAAAAAUAUUAGGGAUAUGGCUGGUCGCUUAUCAAGCAUGCCAAAGGGCUUCGGUACUGGCAUGAGAUUGUUAAUUGGUGCAGGAAUUCUAGGUUAUGGCGUCAAGGAGUCAAUAUUUACAGUGGAAGGUGGUCAUAGAGCAAUUAUGUUUAGCAGAAUUGGCGGUAUCCAAGAGACUAUUUAUAAUGAAGGUCUACACUUUAGGAUACCAUGGUUUCAAUAUCCUAUCAUCUACGAUAUUCGAUCCAAGCCUCGUCGAAUAACAUCUUUAACUGGUAGUAAAGAUCUGCAGAUGGUCAACAUCAGUCUUCGUGUACUUUCAAGACCAUUAUCCGAUAAAUUACCUGCAAUGUAUCAGAGAUUAGGUGUCGACUAUGAUGAGAGAAUAUUGCCAUCGAUUUGCAAUGAGGUAUUGAAAAGCGUCGUAGCUAAAUUUAACGCAUCUCAACUUAUUACUCAGCGUUCUCAAGUCAGUAUGUUGGUGUACAAAUUAUUGACAGACAGGGCUUUAGACUUCAACAUUAUUCUUGAUGAUGUGUCGAUAACUGAUCUGAGUUUCAGUAAAGAAUACGCUGCCGCUGUUGAGGCUAAACAAGUUGCUCAACAAGAAGCUCAAAGAGCUCAAUUCAUUGUAGAGAAAGCUAAGCAAGAUAGACAACAAAAAGUAGUUCAAGCGGAAGGAGAAGCUGCUUCUGCAAAAUUGAUAUCCUUUCUGUACUAUAUUAAGAUCCACUUGCUAACUGAAAAUCCUGGUUAUCUUAAAUUGCGAAAAAUUAGGGCUGCUCAAAGUGUGGCUAAAACUAUUUCACAAUCCCAAAAUCGCGUAUACUUGAAUGCCAAUUCGCUGUUGCUAAACUUAUCUGACAGUGACUUCAAUUUGUUGUAA